AUGGCUGCCCUGCUGAAUGAAAUACUGGAUAGAAAUAAAACUUGUACAAAUCUUAUUUCAAGUAUCGCGCAUGAAACAAACUCUCGCACAAAUCUUGCUACGUGUAAUGUCUACGAUACAAAUGUUAACCGCAUUAAAAAUGAAACAAUCGAUACUUCAUGGUCAAAUAUUUUAGUGUCAAAAACAAAUAAAACUGAUUGUGAAUUACAAUCUGACGAUAACGUUUCUGACGAUCGUAUGACACUCGUUCAGCGCAGUAAGAAAAAUGUCAAAUCAAUAUCUUUACCGCCAAUUGCUAAAAAAGUUGAAGAUGAUAUCAAUAAAAAUAAAUUUCACAAACCCUCAAAGAUUUUGGGAUCACUCACAACUAGCCCCCUCUUCACGGCAUCUAUUUGA